UUGAUUCUGAGGCUGGAAACACUGAAAUAGUUUAUUUACAAAAAUGCCCGCAACUUCUGAAAUACACGCCGGGGAGCUGCCGAAGCAGGGCAGCUGUGAGAAAGAGGAAAAGCAGCGGCUGACGACGGCGGCCGAGAAGCAGAAAAACUCUGGAUUUUUCUGUGAUGAACAAGGAUAUCUGAGUCUGGUGGGGCACAUCUUGGAGAACGGCCGCUUAAAGGGGGACCGAACUAACACUGGAGUCCUGUCCCUGUUCGGCGCUCAAGUCAGAUACAGCCUGAGAGACCAGUUUCCCCUGUUGACAACAAAGAGAGUGUUCUGGAGAGGGAUCCUUGAGGAGCUGCUGUGGUUCAUCAGGGGAUCAACAAAUUCCAAGGAGCUGUCAGAAAAAGGAGUGAAAAUCUGGGAUGCCAACGGGUCUCGGGACUUUCUGGACAACCUUGGGUUCACUGACAGAGAAGAGGGUGACCUAGGACCUGUGUAUGGUUUCCAGUGGAGGCACUUUGGUGCAGAGUACACAGACAUGCAUGCAGAUUACACAGGACAAGGUGUUGACCAGCUGCAGAAAGUCAUUGACACCAUCAAAACGAAUCCAGAGGACCGGCGCAUCAUCAUGUGUGCCUGGAACCCCAAAGACCUCCCUAGGAUGGCGCUGCCCCCCUGCCACGCACUCUGCCAGUUCUACGUGUGCGACGGCGAGCUGUCGUGUCAGCUGUACCAGCGCUCAGCUGAUAUGGGAUUAGGGGUGCCUUUCAACAUCGCCAGCUAUUCACUUCUUACCUACAUGAUUGCACACAUUACAGGACUCAAGCCGGGCGACUUUGUUCACACCCUGGGAGAUGCUCAUGUUUACCUCAACCAUACUGAACCUCUCAAAGAGCAGCUUCAGCGAGAGAUCCGACCAUUCCCCAAACUGAGGAUCCUGAGAAAAGUGGAGAAAAUCGAUGAUUUCCGCACGGAGGACUUUGAGAUCUACGACUACAACCCACAUCCCACAAUCAAAAUGAAGAUGGCUGUGUAAACUCAAGUCACAACGUUGUUAUGAAUGAACAGUAUGCUCUCCACUGUAAUGUAUGCCUGCUUCACUCAUGCUAAAAGUUCAGUUUUUUUCUGUCUGAUUUGGGUGAACUCUCUUUUAAGCCUUAAGCACUUCAAAGUGUUUUUUUUCUCUCUCUUCAAGUUCUUUGUUUUGUGUUUUAAAUGAAUAAUUAUCUAAGUCUGUAAAUAAAGAUGUUAACUUUGUCAGCUUGA